CAAGCUUCUGUGGCCUGUAGCUUGGGGCGCCGGAGCAGUUUUCCAGAACACAUAGGGGGAAAAAAAUGCUUCAGUGAUCCCAGAGAACUCGUAUGUUUUCGGAGGCUUUUGGAGAAGGCACGAAUUGGGCCGCUUUUCCUUAGCGAACUGCUGAAUCUUGAAGCCUGAGCGGAAAAUAAAUAGCGCUCUCAGCCCAAUUUCCGGAGGACCGAGAUUGCGACGCACAACCAGGAAGCGACUGGGCUGGGAGCAGUCCCCGGUUCUCCGCUCUGCUCUCGAGGGCACCUCCCGGGUUCCCCGAGACGCGUCCCCCCCCCAACCCCGCUCGCGAGUCCCCUGCCCUGACCUAAGCUCUGACCCCCGACAGUCACUCCGGAGCAGCCAUGUCAUCCGACUUCGAAGGCUAUGAGCAGGACUUCGCGGUGCUCACUGCAGAGAUCACCGGCAAGAUUGCGAGGGUCCCCCGACUCCCGCCUGAUGAAAAGAAACAGAUGGUUGCAAAUGUGGAGAAACAGCUUGAAGAAGCAAAAGAACUGCUUGAACAGAUGGAUCUGGAGGUCCGAGAGAUACCACCCCAAAGUCGAGGAAUGUACAGCAACAGAAUGAGAAGCUACAAGCAAGAAAUGGGAAAACUUGAAACAGAUUUUAAAAGGUCACGGAUCGCCUACAGUGACGAAGUACGGAAUGAGCUCCUAGGGGAUGAUGGGAAUUCCUCAGAGAACCAGUUGAUAAAAUUACGUGAAGAGAGGGCACAUCUGCUCGAUAACACAGAGAGGCUGGAAAGGUCAUCUCGGAGACUAGAGGCUGGAUACCAAAUAGCAGUGGAAACCGAGCAAAUCGGUCAGGAGAUGUUGGAAAACCUCAGUCACGACAGAGAAAAGAUACAGCGGGCACGUGAAAGGCUUCGGGAAACAGACGCUAACUUAGGGAAAAGCUCCAGGAUCCUGACGGGGAUGUUGCGAAGAAUCAUCCAGAACCGCAUCCUGCUCGUCAUCCUCGGGAUCAUCGUGGUCAUCACCAUCCUGACGGCAAUCACCUUCUCUGUCCGAAGACACUGACGUAUCUGCUGUCCCCUGAUAAACAGCAACGGCGGCUUGUUCGGAGUAAUUAAGACAAAAUGGUCACAUGAAUCAUUCUUUUGCGCUGACAGGCCCCGGGUGACCCUGUCUCUCCCUCACCACUGUUCAGCUGAAGUGCAAAGAGUGUAAAAAUAUUUUCUGUUUCUGUUUGCAUGUGGGUUGGUUUCCUUUUCUAGGUUUGUCUUCACCCAGAUUUGUUUUUUUUAUAGGGGAAGGUGAAUGUUUAUUUGCCUUUUGGUAAUUUUCAUCAGUUGACCAAAAUAGCCUUGGUGACAUUCUUCCUUGCCCUGUGGACAUGUCAGGGGUCAUGGUUUGGGAGAGGGUGUGAUGAGUCAGUCACGGGAGCAUCUAUUUGUCACAUGCCACUUGUCACCGAAAAGCCCUCCUGUGAUGUGGAGGAUAAAAAUGCAGAGAAAAGCAGGGGCCGGAGCCGGUGACCUACUCCAGCAAACCAGCCUUGCUCCUACCCAGGCAUAAGGACUAUAGUCAGCCUGCCUGGGCACUUUCAUUGUAAAGGUGGGUAUUUAAUGUCAGCUCUGUGGAAAACUGACUUAGCACUUUCCCUGUGUUUCUAUUGCAUCAUUUCUGUUUAACCUGAGACUAUUUCUGCUAAGCCUGCCCAAUAUUCACUCUUCACAACUUUGAUUACGGGCUACAAGAACUAUUUCCUGGCCUUCCCCAAAUCCCAUACUCCCCAGAACUUCCUGGCAGAGGGAGGAGCCCUGGCACGGUAUUUAAUUGUGACCUCGUCUUCCCUGACCUGUGUAAGCAUCUCUGUAUCCUUUCGGUUUUAAUAUUUGCACUGCCAAAAGCAGCCCUCAUACAUGCAAAAGGUCUGACAAGGUUCUCUCCACAUCCAUUCCAGUAUGUAAAGAGAACAUGAAUAUUUCAGUAAGAGCAAGAACAUGACUCCAUCAGUGUGAAAUUUCAAAUGUAAUUAUAAAUAUGGGUGAGCCCUAUAGGGUGAUCCACUAGAAAUAAACUUUACAGAAAAUGUUCAUCCUUUAAAAGAAUAAGAGAUUGCAAAUUGCUACAAAAGGAACGGCUUGGAUUUUUUUUUUACUGACAAUUGUUAGCAAUGCCUUCCUGCAUUUACUAUGUAUUCAAACCUCUAACAUGCUUUGUGAUUUUUUUUUUUUUUUUUUUUUUUUUUGCAUUUCUUUCUGUGUGAGGUACCCAGGAAUCGCAUUCAAAAUGAGUUCAUUUGUGAUCAGGCUUAAAAGUUGCCCAAGCUGAGGCCAUUUUGCCCCUAGUCAUAAAGCAAAAUGUGUUUUUCUUAAGACCUCAUAGGCAUUUACUGGUCUGUACUAGCUUUUGAAUAUAAUGAGCAGCUUUGGAUCCUUGAAAAGCAAACCUGUUCUCGUCAUCAAAAAUGCUAACCACCUGUGCCCAUGGAUCAAGAUUACCUGGAUACAGCACUUGAUAUUUUUUCCCAACUCAAAAGCAAACCAUUACGGUUUCGAGAGGAAAUGCAGAAUGCAAAAUCCACCAGAGAAAUUGUACUUAUCGAAACAGGCGAGGGCCUGCGUGUGUUCAGAUAAAUCAUUUAGUAUUGUGUAAAUAGAGCUGCAGUCUCGACUUCGGAAGGAUGGUGUGGGAUUUUGGCCGCGCGAAGUAGGACAGUGGAGGAGCGGGAAGCUAUAUGCUAAUUUUCCCGUCAGCAGAAGGGAUCCAUCUCGGCAAGAAGCUUGUAUGCUGAUAAUGGAAUUCUGUACGUGCUAAACACAUCUAAGAAACCAUUAGAAAGCAAGGAAACAAACAAACAACUCCCUUUUUAUUCUGACACACUAAUAGUCGUGAAGCAUUAUAUCAACCCCUCUAGUGGCUCCUUCGAAACUGUUGAUCUGAGCUAGAGUGUAAGCAGCUACCGAGCUACACUUCCAUCUGUGCUCGGCAGACCCUUCCCAAGGCCACCUAGCAAGCAAGGAUCUUUCUUCUAAACUCGCUGGCUCCUAAAUAUUUCACUAAAACCUCGUGUGCCUGUUGAAGUAGGUGAGAUGAGGAAGGAGCUAUGGCUCACCUCACCUCUCAAUAGUGUCUUCUUCCAAGUUCUAUGUCUUUAUCAGCUCUGGCCUGUGAUUUCACCCCAAUUCAACCUUGGGAGUGGGAAGCAUAUGAACAGAUAACCCUUGGCCUAACAACUCUAUCAAACCACCUGCGAGCCACAACCCAGACCAGGGGAGUGAGCACUUUUCGAGGGAGCUGGUCUGAGGGUCCCCGAACUCCUUCCUGGCCCUCCUGGCUGCUGCAGAAAUGACUCCAAGGAGCCCCCAGACAGGCCGGUUGUUCUGUCUCCUUCCCUGCUGCUCUGGGGAAGGAAGGAAGGAAGUCCACAGACUUGAAGGAGGUUGUGAAACAGAUCUGGGAGAGGUUCUAGGUAUUUAAUAUGUGGAUUCCGACUGAUGAAUGUUUCUCGAAUUGGGAGCCCUUGUUAAAAAUCAUGUUUGUGGGGGGUGGAGAGAUGAAGAUGAAGACGUGGAGGAGGAAGAAGAGAAGGAUGCCCUUGCCAUAUAAAAUUCAUGCAGACUAAACAGUUUCCCUGACAGAAUAAAUAAAGUGGUUGCUACCCUGCUCCAGAAUCAAAAGCAGUUUAAUUAAAGUCUCUUAAGUUGUAAAGAGUUUUAAAUGUUCCGUGUUGCAGGCGAAUGCCUGCAAAUGCAGUGGGCUUGACGUCAGCUACCAGGCCUGGGCUGGGAGGCCAUUUGCUAUUCUGUUUAAGGCAGGCUGGAUUGUCUUAUUUUGGAACCAGCUUGGUGGGGGGUUUGCUUUGCUACUGCUUCUGAGCCCUGAGCUUCAAAGGCUGAAAUUAAUGGUGAACAAAAUUGUGCGGCUCUGGCCAUCCCAUGCGGGGCAAGCCCAUUGAGGGCUAUCAUUAAGUGAAGAAAUAAAGGGGAAAAAAGCCUGCCUGUUCCAAAAACCUCAUCAGAUAAUGACCUCAGUGAUUGGGUUUUCAUUACCAAACAGCAUCCAGAGAUUAUCAACCCAUAGAAGAAGGGAGGGGGAAAAAAAAAGAAAGAAAGGAAAAAGCAACUGUCUUUCUCUCCCUCUCUUUCUCCUUUUUUUUUUUGCACAUCUUUUCUUUAAAACUGUCAGAUCAUUUCAGUAUUUCAAAUCCGAGGAAAACAGCCUGCCUGCUGCUGUAUUUGAAGUUGUAAUGGUGUCAAAAAGUCACGACUGACUGACAGCCGUCAGUCCCAGAGGGGCUCAUUAAAUCAUAAAAACUUGACAAGGAAAUAAUUGCGCAUCGCCAGCAACUUGGCGCCUGUUUAGACGUUUUUAUUUUCUUUCAUUAUUAGUCUCCACCAUUACGUUCAUUAACAAAUUGCAUUAAACAACUGUUAAGGGCUAA